GAAAGUGGUUGCGAUUUUGAAUGCCGAGAAAAGCCGGAAAGAACCAUGGCUGAGAUGAAAGGUGAUAAUGAUGAGCUGGCAAUGCUUGAAAAAGACAUCAAGGAAUUUUGGACCAAGUUCAGAACUAUUUGUUGCCUUGAGCCUAUUGAUCAGGUUUUGGGGCUAAGAGACUCCUGGUAUGAAUCCAUAAACAGUCUUUCAGAUAAAUGGUCCAGAAGACUAAAAGAAGGGGAUGAAAUUAUCAGCAAAUUUCAUGAGUAUACCAACGAAGUCUGUGAGUUGAAUAAAUCAAUCGAAGAAAAGCAAACUAAAAUCUCAGAAGCUCUUUCUAACAUUAAUGAUGAGGAAAAGGAGAAGGCAGACCUGCUGAACAGCAUUCAAGAGUUGAAGGAAGAAUUAAUCCAAAACAGCAAAUCAACGCAUAAAACAGCAGAAGAAAUGGAGGAAAGACUUCGUAAGGCUGAAAAAUUAUUUAAAGAGAGGCUUGGGUUAGAAAUACGAAAAACAGAUGAUAAGCAUUUGCAAUUUGUAUUUCGCUGCAUUGAUCAUAAAGAUUUCCAAAAGCCAUACAUACUUACUCUUUCCAUAAAUGAAGAGGGAGCUUACAAAGUGGUCUCUUGUUCUCCUCCCUUGGACUGCGCAGAAGAACUACAGCGGAAAGUGAGAGAAACCAACAAUUUCUCUGCGUUUAUUGCUAAUGUUAGAAAAGCCUUCAUUGCUUUGACCUACAAAUAAAAGCACUGCUUAUUCUCUAAAUCUGCCCUUCAUGUUUGGUCACUUCCUACUUGGGAAGAAUAAAAAGUCUUGUAACAACUUGAGGGCUUUGGACAAUGACUGUGAAAACUUAGCCCAGAUCUUCAUUCUUAUUUUGAGGUACUUUUUUAAUGUAACCUGGGCCUUAGAUGGUGGUUGUAA